UAUAUAGAUUUUUCAUUUUUUUAAGCCUAAGACAAUGGGACCAUUGAUUCCCAAAGCCUCCUUUCAUACCCAAACCAAAAUGUGGCGCACCAUAGCCACAGACACCCUCAGCGCCAUGCAUUUCGCUUCUCGCCUCUCUCCCUUUUCUUCUUCUCCUUCAACACCACUCGCUUCAGUGCGCCGUACAAUCCUUGCCCACUACCAUUUGCCGUCCCUUUCGCCCUCAAAACCUCAAUCUCUGUCUCUUCCCAAAACCCUAGUUCCCUUUACGACCAAUUCGGCCAAAGCGGCAGCAGCUUCCUCUCUUCUUGUGGGUCCCAGGAGCGGUUUCUGUUUGGUUAUAGUGCGGUGCGUCUCGUCGGUCUCUUCGGCUCCCACAUUGGAGUGGAACGAGCCGGUGUCGUGCUCGGAGGUUGGGGAUUCCUGCUCGGAGGAGGUUGUUAAUGGUAAUAUUGGGACUGUGGAGGAUGAUGCCAAACCCUCAAUUCCUGUUAGAGCUUAUUUUUUCUCUACCAGUGUGGAUUUAAGAAGUUUGGUGGAACAGAACAGACGCAAUUUUAUCCCACCAACAUCACGUAUGACCAAUUACGUUGUUUUUAAGUUUGGCGAGCUAUCUGAUUCCGAUGGUUUGGGUGCUUCCUUAAGUGGGAGUGAUUGCCGCUUCAUGGUUGUUUUUCAGUAUGGCUCCAUCGUCUUGUUUAAUGUUCGUGAACAUGAGGUUGAUGGCUAUUUGAAAAUUGUAGAAAAGCAUGCAUCUGGACUGCUACCUGAAAUGAGAAAGGAUGAGUAUGAGGUGAGAGAGAAGCCAACUUUAAGCACAUGGAUGCGAGGUGGUUUGGAUUAUAUAAUGUUGCAGCACUUGAAUACUGAUGGAAUCAGAACCAUUGGCAGUGUUCUUGGUCAAAGUAUUGCUCUUGAUUAUUAUGUUCGCCAGGUUGAUGGAAUGGUUGCAGAAUUCACUGACAUUAAUCGUGGCAUGGAAACAACUGGAAAAUUUAAAAUGAAGAGGAAAAAACUAUUUCAGUUAGUGGGAAAGGCAAAUUCUAACCUUGCGGAUGUGAUUCUUAAGCUUGGACUAUUUGAAAGAUCAGAUAUUGCCUGGAAGGAUGCAAAAUAUGCUCAGAUAUGGGAAUAUCUUAGAGACGAAUUUGAACUAACUCAGAGAUUUGCAAGUCUUGAUUUCAAGUUGAAGUUUGUGGAGCAUAAUAUCCGCUUUCUUCAAGAAAUUCUUCAAAACAGGAAAUCAGAUUUUUUGGAAUGGCUGAUUAUUGCGUUGAUUGGUGCUGAAAUACUCUUAUCCCUUUAUGACAUUGCCCAUAGGUCAGCACUAACUUCGCUUUAGCACUAUUUUCUGGAGGAGCAUAAAGUCAGGUAAGCUUCAUUUUUUUAUUUUAUUUUUUAUUUUGAGGGUAAAAGAAGUCAAGCAAGCUUUUAUGUCAAAGUUGCUCUAUAUUUACUCUCCGUUAUACAGUUGUGUCUUCUCAGUCAACACACCGGUCCAUCUUGGAUAUUGUAAAUAUUACUUAAAUUGAUAUUUUCAAUAUGAAAUGAUGUAUCAUUUAUCAAA